GCGGUGGGACCCCACAGGUGGGGUCUGUGCCACACAGAGCGCCCAGAGCCUCAUGGCAGCACCUGAUGUGAGGGGACUAUCACUGGGCAGCGCCAUCCCAGCACCCCACAUCCCCGGGACUCGAAGGUGUGCUGGUCCUGGAGCCUGUGUGCUCCAGAAAUGAAGCCACUCACAGGGACCUUGUUGGGAGAGGGGGAAGAGGAGGUGCAGGGACUCACCCAGGGACGCCAGCGGCGCCAGCGGCAGAGAAUGAGCUGCCGACCCAGCCCCUCACCCCAGAGGGAGCAGCAGGCAGAGCUGUACGGGCUCCUCACGUCUCCAGAUGAAGACAAGAUGAGCAGUCCCCAGAGGCACCCAGACAGGGUUUUGGCUGGGAGCCAACAGAGUGUGGAGCAUGUCAGUGAGGUUCCAGGCAGGGAUAGGCAGGAGCAGGCUGCUCACACUGGAGACAGUGACAGGACUGAAGAAGAUGCAGAAACCCUGGAGGAGCCAGUGCUGAGUUUCCCCAGAGAGCUCUUGGCGCUGGACAGAUUAGGCUUGAACAGGGUGGCUUUGACAGAGCAGGAUCUGGAGGCAGCCUUUGCCCACCUCGCGCUGGCUUUUCGCUGUGACAUGUUCACCCUGCAGCAACGAGUACAGGUGGAGAAACGGGCACGGGAUGCAGCAGAGGAAAACAUCCAGGAGGAGCUGGGGCAGUGCCGGGCUGCCCUAGAGAGGCUAGGUCCAUCCUGUGCCAAUGUGGGCUGCAAAGAGAUGCUGGAGCAGCUGCAGCACAACCUGGCUGUGCUGUCGGCAGCUGUCGAGCGGGCAACCAGCGCUGCGGAGAAGCUGGGGGCUGUACACCAGGAGGCCCGGAUGAGCCGAGCAGCAGAGGUGAUGGUCCAGCACGUGGAGAACCUGAAGCGGCACCACAUGCGGGAGCACGCGGAGCUGGAGGAGAUGAAACGCCUGAUCCAGCAAAACUCCCGCAACCGGCAGCUGGCAGAGACCCAGGAUCAUGCAGAGCCACGGCUGAGGCCUCACCCCCUGAAGCGAACUUUCCAGCAGGGGUCUGCCCGCCGCAGAGUCAGCAUCGCUGUCAUCCCCAAGCAGCUCCUGGUGCCAGCCCCGACAGCCGAGCAGCGCUGGCAGGUGAGCCGGAGCCAGAGGGGGCCCAGCGCUGGCCCAGAACCCAGAGGAGUGAGCUGGAGCCACAGGGCCAGGGCAGCGCCAUGACUGGGGAGCUGGUGGCUGAGGCAGAUGGCCGAGACUCAAGGGCAGCGGAUGAGGAGCCAGAGCAGCUUGGGCUGACGUGAGCAGUACUGUGUGUGCCCAGCAUUCCCCUAGGGCUGCUGAACUCUCUGCGGUCCCCAGGUGGCCAGCACUUGGGAAGCAGGCUGGGGGAUUUAGUGGUAGAGGGCCAGGAUGUUGUUUGGCUGCCUCAGCCAGACCUUGCUGUGCCUCAGUUUUGCCCAUGCAUUGCCGGUCUGCUGCAUUUUGGUUUGUAGAAGGGCCACUGAGGUCUGGGACUGUGUUGAACACCCUUCCCUGUCCCCAGCUGGGGUGGAGGUGGGAUUUGCUCUCUCCCGCGGAUGACGAGUGUCUCCUGUUGCCUUCUCUCCAGGUCCAAGGGAUCCGCAAUGGAGCUGUGGCGGCCAUGGCUCUUCUUCCCGCAGCACUACUGGGUUUUCUUCUGGCUGCUUCUCCUGAGCAUCGCCUUCCUCCUCCUCAUCCGUGUCCUAGAGCUGCAGCG